UACGUUUGUUUGGAAUUUACGAACGCCAGCAUCGAUAAAAAAAAUCACUUCGAUAGAAAAAAUCAAUUUACGAACACGCCGUUAAAAAAAUCAAAUUUUGCUUUCAGCGUGAAGCGUAUAACAGUUUUUUUUGUGCUGUUUGUUGUGAUUCUCAUUCGUUUUAUAGAGAGAAGCGAAAGAAACGGAACAGAUUUUGGUGCACGUUUCGAAUCCAGCUCGGUUUCAGUCGGUGAUUCGGGAUUAAUUUACCAUCUUUGCCAUUAAGUUCCGAUGAUUAAUUGAAUACUAAUGCAGCUUACAACUUGUUUCAACUCAAAAGCUUAUUAUGUCGGAAGCUAGUAACAGCGCACCGGCACCGGAAGUGGACAUAAACGAUGUUUUCGACGAUCUGCUGCUAACGGAAGAACGGCUAGCGGAGGAAAGCUACGAACAGGGCAAGGAAAUCGGUAGUCAGCAGGGCAACGUAGAAGCCUAUCAUUUUGGCUAUCAUCGUGGGGCGGAAGUGGGGGCUGAGCUCGGAUUUUACUACGGAGUUAUCAAGGGAUUGGGGGAAAUCGUUGUUCCCAAAGCCAAAAGUUUGGCGGAGGAAAUUCUGAAGGAUAUUGAGGAGUUUCCUCGAUUUAACGAUUUGGAACAGGACAUUGUUGAGCGAUUGGUGAAAAUAAGAAAUCGAUACAAGAAGUUGUGCGCCCUAUUGAAAAUAUCAGCUAAAUUUAACAAGGGGAAUGAGCUUUCGUUUUAAGCUGUUGAAAAUGGAUUUGAUUCAAAGAAACGUUGAAAAAGUGGCAGAGUUCCUUAAACCACAAAUGGAGUUCCUCAAUUGUCACAUGGUGGAUUACUUAACGAAAGAUUACUGGAAUGCUUAUGUACCUCAAAACAUAAGAGAUGAACUC